CCGUCAGCGCUUCUGCAGUGUGCGUAACAUCCGCGGAUUUACCGCAGGAUCUUUUGUCCCGGGUUUAAUGUAGCCACGGGCGCAGGCAUCACGUUCGUUUGGAUCUUCCCAACUACGGUUAUCUAAGUAUCGCGCCCUGGCAGCGUCUCGGAAGGAGACUUCCAGCUCUCUUCCAUCUUGAACCCAAACAUCUUUAGAAAGGUGUGGCCUAGACUGCACUGAUAGGCGUGGAACAAGUUCUCGAGCACUUUACUCGUGUUCGGCAAGCGAACCGAUUGUCAGGCAUCAAGCACCGAGCCAAUAACACCAUGCUUCCAACAUCACAAAAAGAAGGGCCGGGCAUCAAAGUCGAGACCGAGCAGCAGUCGUAUGUGCAGUCCGCCUUCUUACACCGGCCCCUGCUAACCCCGCAACGGCUUAGCAGUAUACCGGACUUAUCGACUAUAGCGGAGUUUCUCAAGGAUGGCCAAGACGCGUUUGGGAGGGUUGAUCCACAACUACUCGAGAAGUGCGGCCAGACAUCGGGGAAAAUGAAAGACUGGAUGCUCGAGCAACUACGUGAGAGACUUGCAGCUAGAUCCGAGCUGUAUUACGACGAGUUACUCAUACUGCGACCCCUUCUUAAUGUGGAAUAUGGGCCGAAUACGAAAGGCUUACAUUGUCUGUACCCAGAGCUUUCGAGGCUCAUGAGGUCAAACCUGACUUAUGCAGUGGUCUGUACAGAUUUUUUCCUCGAGGCCCCAGGUGACGAGAUACCGCAGGCGAUGAAGGACACUUGGCUUCGCGAUGUCGCACAAGACAUGAGCACGGUCUUGAUUGACAUGGGGGAGAACGAUACAUUAGACUGCCGGCGAGCAAAUUUUGAACAGAAGGAUGCUGGGCAUCAACCGUUGGCGAAAUUGUCACCUGCUGCGCUCGGACUGUUCACGAAGCGCUUCUAUGGGUUGGGGCUUCACCAGCAAACCGAGUCUAUGCUUUUGCAAUUGCGACUUCAGAUGGACCAUGCCCUCGCCAUGGAUUUGCAUAGGAUUUAUGUUCCAUAUUUGCAGGACCUAAUCAGUCUUAUGCUCAUGUACGGAAUUCCGAUGACGAACACCACAUACGGCUUGUUUUUCGAGCGCGUUCUACACAACUACUUCAAACGAUUCCUUGGACAAGACAUCAGAGAUCAGGGGAGUAUAGAGCACAGAUCCUGGACCCUGCGGGCCAAUGAAGUUCGUAUUAGAAUGGAGUCUUUCGACCAUACUUACUUUCGGGAGAUCCUGGGGCACCGGUACGACAUUGUUAUACUGCCGGUCGUGAUGAAACUUCCGCCUGGUCCACAAGCUCAUGGUCAACUUGACUCGCUGUAAACGUUCACUUCGGAUGUUUCAAUCCGUCAGGAACACCAGUCACAGCAAUGAAUUCGAACGCCCCACAGUAUGACCAAACAGGAAACCCAACAAGCACAACAGUCCAGU